UUUGCAACUUUCGAUAUAGUUACGAUUUGCGUGGGACCGCCCCAUUCACCUAAGAAGCGGGCCUAUUGGCCGCCCCACCCGCUGGUAAAUUGCGAGUGGGGCGCGCGUCCUAGCUGAACUGUGCGGUGAUGUUCGUCGGUUGUGACUGCAACAUUAAGCACUAUGGCCCUCACGACUGCUGAGACAUGCUUUGGUGCACGAAAUAUCUUACGGCCGACGGCCAGGCUGCAGUUCAACAGUCCCACCGAGCCCAACGACGACGUGCUUUUCUUCCGGAGCAAUUUCCAUAAUUACGGCAAUAAUGAAUGGGCUGUCAGUCAGCAUUACUGCCUGUCCAGUCCUUAUGGGGGCGACGUUGCCGCUGCUAUCAUCGAUGCCAGCGGGGUUCGCCACGCCGUCCUCCGCGCCGCGCUAAACUAUGGUGGCUCGACAUACAUGAGCAGUGCUCUAGCGCGACACCUGGGGCUGCAGACGGUGGCGCUGGUUGGCAACGGGGCACAGAGCCUGCUGGGCGGCGGAGGCGGGCCGACGUCCAUGCUGACGGACCGCAUCCAGCUCCAGCUUCUAGACAGCAGCGGCAGGGCUGUGGCCUCCUACGAUGUUCCAGUAAUGUUUGUGCUGGAGCACACAGCCCUGGAGAUGCAGGUCGGCAUGGACGUGUGCCAGAUCUCCGUCACCGGCGGCACCGGCCACACCAUUAUCCCGCCCGGCGGCGGGGCUGCCGUGCCGCUGCCACGCCUGUUGCCGCGCCGCUGGCAGCCCGGCGAGAACCGCGCGGCAGGGCUGGUUGGCGGGACCAUUCGUGUGUCCGAGGAGGCGAGGCAGCUGGGGCUGGCGUACCGGGCGGCACUGGCGGCGGGGCAGCCCGUGCCGCAACCACCGCCGCAGCCGCAGCCGCCGCAGGCGCGGGAGGCGUCGGCGGAGGAGUGCUUCGGCGGCGGGGGCAACAUCGUACGGCCGCCGACGCAGCUGCGGUUCGACAGUCCCCUGGAGCCGGGCGAUGAGGUUCUGUUCUUUCGGCAAGGUUUCACGGGCGACCUCGGCCUCGAAGACAGCGAGCUGGUGAAGUACAACUACUGCGGGCCCGGCGCGUAUGGCGGCGACGUGGCCGCCGCGGUCGUCGAUGCCCGCGGCGGGCGGCAUGCCGUGAUCCGCGCGGCGCUGAACCCCUCCGGAGGCGCAACCUACAUGAGCGUCGCGUUGGCGGAGCACCUGGGGCUGCGGACGGUGGCGCUGGGGGGCUCGGGGACCGUGUCGGCGGUGGGCGGCGGCGGGCGGGUUUCCAUGCUGGUGGAUCCGGUUCAGAUCCAGCUACUGGACACCAAUGGCGGGGCCGUGGCAUCGUACGACCUGCCCAUCAUGUUCGUACUGGAGCACGUGGCCCACCAGCUGCACCUGGGUCCCGACGCGUGUCGGCAGCACGCCGUCACGCACACGUCGGCCGCAGGCCACUGCAUCGCCGCCGCCGCACCCGCCGGCGGCGGCAGCAGCAGCGCAGCUGCUGCCGCUGGUGCUGGUGCUGCUGCUGACGUGGCGCUGCCGCGCCUGGUGCCGCGCCGCUGGCAGCCCGGCGAGAGCCGGGAAGAGGUGCACGCCGUGACCAUCGACGUGGCCGCUGACACGCGUGCGGAGGCGGUGGCGCGGGCACGGGCUCGUGAGGAAGCCAGGAGGCCGGCGCCGGCGGAGGAGUGCUUUGGCGCUGACGUCCUCGUGCGUCCCGCCGCCCGGCUGCAGUUCGUGAACCCCUCGGAGCAGGGCGAUGAGGUGCUUUUCUUCCGGGGCCACAGCUGGGCUUACAACGAGCUGCACGACAGUGAGCGGGUCAAGUACAACUACGACCUGGCAGGCGCGAUGGGCGGCGGCGUGGCGGCGGCGAUUGUGGCGGGCGACGGCGGCACGCGGCACGCCGUGAUCCGCGCGAUGGUAGACCCUGGCGGUUCCACCUACAUGAGUGCUGAGCUGGCGGAGCGCCUGAGGCUGCGGACGGUGGCGCUGGGGGGCUCGGGGACCGUGUCGGCGGUGGGCGGCGGCGGGCGGGCUUGGAUGCUGGUGGAUCCAAUUCAGAUCCAGCUGCUGGACACCAAUGGCAGGGCCUUCGCCAGCUAUCCGGCGCCGCUGGUGUUCGUGUUCGAGCGCGCACCCUUUGAGCUGCACAUCGGCCCCGACGUGUGCCCGGUGAGCCAGGUCAACGGGUACGCCACCAUCGUCGCCCUGCCCGACGGCACCAGCUCCGUGAUGACGCCGCGGCUGUUGCCGCGCCGCUGGCAGCCCGGCGAGGGGCGUGUGGAGGUCUACACGUGCUCCCUGUGGCCGGCGGACGAUACGUUCGAGGAGGCGGUGGCGCGGGUGGUGGCGCGCGCGGGCGUGCGGGCGCGGCUGGCGGCGGCGGCGGAGGGGCAGGACCCUGUCGCGGCCUCGGCACGCGCCGAGAGCACAGUGCAGCGGACGUAUGCCGAGGGCGCUCCUGGCCGCGUGUGGCGCCCGGGUGGGCGGCAGCGGCCGCCGCAGGCGCCGCCGGCGCCGCAGCAAGGCUCUGCGGCGUGGGUGGAGGACUGGCUCCCACCACAGUACAGGAGUGGAGGCAGCGGGGGCGGCAGGGGCUCGCGGCGGCGGCGCGGCCGCGGGCACAGCCGCCGGCGGGGUGGGCGUGGCGGAGCUCGUGGCGGGGGCGAGGGCAGCAGCGAGGAGGUUGACGAGGAGGGGGCGGACGUGGUAUCGGGUGGGGUGGCCACAGACCCCUUCGCCGGGUUGCCACCGCUGCCGCCGGCGCUGCGCUCUGCGCGCUGGGCGGAGGUGGCGGCGACGCACCUGCCUGCAGGCGACACCGAGUGUGUGGUGUGCGCCUGGUCGCUGACGGGGGCGGCGGAGGCGGGGGCGGCUAGAGCAGCAGCAGCAGGUGGGGGUGGCGGUGCGGGGGAGGCGGGGCUGGGGCCGGGGGAUGUGGUGGUGCAGCUGGGCUGCCGGCACACGUUCCACGAGCUGUGUGUGAGGCAGAUGAUGAUGCAGCGCCAGAGCCGGAGCUGCCCGCUGUGCCGCAUGGCCAUGUGCUGAGGAUGGGCUGGCCAUGUGCUGCUUAGGGUUUGGUGAUGGGCUGUGGACAUGGUCGGCAGGCGGCAAUUGUGCUUGCAGUUAAGGGCGCGGCAGACGCCGCCGUGCCGGUAGCCUUGGGAGCUAGCGAGGUGGCAAGCAGACAAUGAGGGUACCGUACAGGGAAAGCAACAUCGACUGAUGGUAGCUCCUAUCGGUUAUGGCUCCUAUCGGUGAUGGCUCCCGUCGGGUCUUUGGCGCUGAUGCGUGUGAAUGGGGGGGUAUCUUGUCGUCAGGGGUCGUAUCUUGUUUCAUGGGGAAUGUCCAGCUCAGACAAUAACGGCCGGCUGGCCGCCGUCUUAUAUCUGGGCACAUGGCGGUUGGUGGAAUGUCCUGAAAAAUGACCGAUGAAUGUCUGGAGCCCUGUGAUGGGACAGAGUGUGCAGUGUACGGUACCGGUAGUCCCAGACCCCGACAUUCAAUUUGCAACGUCAAGGCAAGAUUGCGCGGCGCGGGGUAUCACCAUCGCGUGAGUUACUGUACCGAGGGCAUCGCUGACUUGCGGGCAGGCUGGUAGUUUUGCUGAUGCGCAUUGUUUCCUUGGCGCUAGUGCGUGGCACUCACUGCAUUGCGUUUGUCGCACACUUUGCGAUGCGGCCAUAGGCCCAUAGCACGCUGGCCGGCCGUCGUGAGCGUGUGUACCGUACCCGCGUACCGUACUUUAUUACUACCGUAAGCGACGUGGGUGAAGUCCCGCAGGGUGCAGCCAUAGCCCAUAGGCCCAUAGCCCGGUGGCCGGCCGUGGGCCCUCACCCGUCUGUUCCCCUUUGCGCCUUCCCACCUCUGCAACUCGGGCC